AUGGGUCAAGAUAUUGAGGCUGCGGCCCCGCAUACGGCGCGGAUUAGCGAAGAUGCCAACUCGAUGAAAUCGCAGGCAAGAGUCGGAAGAGAGGAGCUUGCGGAUAUCGUUCCUCCUCAUGAAAGUUACGAAGGCCGACACCGAUUCGAUCCUCAUGCCAGCUGGACCAUUGAGGAAGAACGGCGACUUCUUGAUCGCGGAAACGUAUCAAACGCGCUUGCAGAUAAUCUCCUGGACGAUCUCGGCUUAACCAGCGAUGAUUACAACAACGGUACAACCAUUCAACUGCUUUGUUUCCUUUGUGCGGAAUUUCCAGUGCAAUUUCUCACAAAGCGAUAUGGCUUCAAAUACGUCCUCCCGACCAUGAUGAUGGCCUGGGGAACCGCUUCUUGGGCUCAAUCAUGGAUGCACGACCGUACUUCAUUCUACCUUGGUCGAGCUGCCAUAGGGCUCUGUGAAGGUGGCUUCAUCCCCGGAGUUAUCUUGUUCGCGACCUACUUCUACACGUCUAAGGAGCUUUCCAUACGCCUUGCAGCUUUCUGGUCCACUCUCAACGUCGCUCGUGUCGCUUCUGCUCUCCUUGCAGCCGGAAUUCUGGAGAUGCGCGGUGUUGGAGGAAAGCCAGGAUGGUUUUGGCUGUUUCUCCUCGAAGGUCUUUUGACCGUCAUUAUUGCCGGAAUUUCAUUUCUGUACUUGCCAGCUUCGCCCACAUCUACGAACAACGUACUUUUCCCCAAGGGCUGGUAUAACGAGCGAGAGGAGGUCAUCAUGGUGAACCGCAUUCUCAGAGACGAUCCGGCCAAGGGCCUCACAGCCCUCAAGGAACCCGCCACAUUCAAGGAUAUCCGCGCGGCCUGGUCAGAUUCUUCCAUGUGGGGUCUGUACUUUAUUGGUCUCAUUGCCUACAUUCCUGCCUCGCCCGUCCAAGGAUAUCUGACACUUACGCUCAAACGUCUCGGUUUUAGCAGAUUCGACAGUAACAUGCUUACGAUUCCUUCUGCUGCGCUGCAGGUCAUUACCAUGUUGGCACUUGCAUACUCGAGCGAAUAUUUCAACGAACGCACAUUCCACUGCAUAUUUGGCGAAUUUUGGAUUAUGCCGCUACUCGUUGCCCUUUUGACGCUUCCGGACGGUGGACGCGAGUGGGGUCGCUUUUCGUUGAUCACACUGAUCUCCGGAUAUCCAUACUUCCACCCCUUAGUCUCAUCCUGGAUAUCGGAAAACACGUUUGACGUGAAAAAGCGCGCAAUUACAGCUGCAACAUACAACGUCAUUGUGCAAAUUGGAUCUUUGAUCAGCUCACAGAUUUACCGCAAGUACGAUGGCCCGUACUACAAGCAAGGAAACUCGGUGCUGGUAGCCAUUUGCGCGCUGAGCGUGGUGACAUUCCUCGUGCAAAGAAUAGCGUUGACGCGAAUGAACAAGAACAAGCAGAAAAAGUGGGAUCAAAUGACUAGCGAAGAGAAGGCGUUGUACCAGGCGGAUCUUGCCGCACGCGAGCUCGAUGGGAACAAGCGGUUGGACUUUAGAUUCACAUUGUAA